GAUGGAGCCAGAUCAAAGACCGUCAAUCUACGAUGGCGACAUUAACAUCUUUGGAAAAUGCCGGAUUAAUCGAAAAAGGCCACUUCAGUAGAAUCCUCAGUGCUCUCAUGCAGCGCGACAAUGCCAAGCCGUUCACGGAUAAAGCGACAGAUUGGAAAGGGUCCAAUCGUAAGGAAACCCUGACGCCAGGCCAAGCCACGAUCAAAGGAAUUCAACGACGAUCUCGCCUGCGGGCCCAGCGGUUGGGAGAUCGCGACAGCAAGACUUGGCGUCCUUGGCUGACGCGCCCACGGCUUUUGAUUAAAGUCGCUCCUCUGCACUUUUUCUGGUGCCCAUCAAUCGACAACGGUUUUGCUAGAAAUCGCCAUCAACGGGCGAUCGUUACAACUGAACAACUACAAUGAGCGGACCACCACCAGGCAUCGACAUCUCUUCCGGGGGCGGACCCCCACCCGGCGUCAACACCGGCCGCGGCGGCUAUGUCGACCCUAACUGGCCAUUCCCUGGCGGUCCCAACGAUGCGCCCGUCAUCAUCUACGGCUACACUCCUUCGUUCGCCCUCGCUCUCUUGGCCACGAUUCUCUUUUGUCUCUACUUUGUCGCCCACUUGUUCCAGGUCGUCCGAUACCGCACCGUGUACUUUUGCACCUUUCCCAUAGGUCUCGCCUUCGAGAUCGUCGGCUACAUCGCUCGCUGCCUGUCCGCCAAGGUCAACCCGUACAACCUCAUCUUCUUCAUCCUCCAGUACUUCUUCAUCGUCACCGCCCCAGUGUUUUUGGCCGCCGGUAUCUACGCCAUCCUGUCGGCUCUCAUCCACCGACUGGGACGUGAAUACUCGCUCCUUCCCCCGAAGUGGAUUCUGUGGUUCUUCAUCACCUCGGACGUUGUCGCCACCAUCACUCAGAUCACAGGCGCGGCUUUGAUCGGUGUGAAGCAAAAGAAGAGGGAGGACCCCACUGCUGCCAACAACAUCCUGUUGGGUGGUCUGGCCUACCAGGUCUUCGCCAUUGGUCUGUUCAUCAUCUUGAGCGGUGUGUUCAUCUUUCGCGCGAGGAGGCAGAUCAAGCAGGCUGGCCUCACGCUCUUCAUUGCCGCCUUCUCGACCGCCACUCUCCUGAUCUAUCUGAGAACCGUUUUCCGUCUUGCCGAAACCGCAGAGGGGCUGGGCGGCGAUCUGAGCACAAAGGAGGUUUAUUUUGGCACACUCGAGUUCUUGCCCGUGGUCCUGGCCGUGCCUCUGCUGAAUGUCUGGCACCCCGGACGCUGCGUUGGACGGAGCAUUGCGUCAGACUCCAAGGAAGAGGCCGGCAUUGUUGAGUUGGAGUCCAGGGGCUGAUAUUGUUUGUUUCUACAAGUUUAGAGGAGAAGCGUCUUGUCUUGUGAUACCUCGGGGUGUUGGAAUCUCAAUUUUGGAUAUCAAUUUGGUAGUAAUGAUCAUUUCAUAGAAAUACUGAAUAAUCCCCUUUUAUGACAUGCUAGAAUCGUCACUGCUACCGUCCCCUCGAAAUGCGACGCAGGG